GAUGGGGUUGGAGUGGUACCUUAACGGUGACAACUAUCUACAGCCAAGACAGGCUACCAUAAUGUUUUCUGGAUUGUCCCUUCUUCUGCUGGCAGGCUGUUACCUCCUAACAGGGGCUGCACAAAUACGAUCCAGUUGCCCCCCAGGUUGGUUUUAUUACAAAUCUAAUUGCUACGGCUACUUCAGGUUUACUCUUUCAUGGUCAGAUGCUGAGUUUGAAUGUCAGUCUUAUGGACAUGGAGCUCACAUAGCAUCUAUCCUUGAUGAAUCAGAACUCUCUGUUAUUGCAUCACACAUUUCAGCCUAUAACAAAAAAGAAACAGUAUGGAUUGGUCUUCAUGACCCAGAACAGAACCGCCGUUGGAAAUGGAUUGAUGGGUCCAUGUACAACUACAGGGUCUGGGGUACUGGUCAGCCUGAUAACCUAAAAGGCAAUGAAUACUGUGUGGAAAUCCGACCACAGGAAAACUUCAAGAAAUGGAAUGAUGCUAAUUGCAAUUCUGAACAUCACUUUGUCUGCAAAUACAAGCCUUGAGGAAGUGAUACUUUAUCAUAACAGCUAUGCUUCUUUUUUCUGAUUGAAAUGAUGUAGCAUGUUGUUUAAUAAAUACAUUUGAACACGGUG